CAGCCGCUCGUGGUUUGACGCGAGCGCAACCCCGCACAGCGCCGCGCUGACUCCCCCCGGCGUUAUCCAACUCCUACCCCUCCUCACCUGCCCACCACCUGCUCGCCCCAUCCCCCCGGCAUGGCCGCCCUCCGCCCACGCGCCGCCACCGCCGUAGCGUCCGCUGACCUCCGGCCGGCGGUCCGGCGAGGCGCAUGUCGCGUGUCAGCGGCGGCGUUCCGCUACUACCCCUGCUGGCAACUGCAGGGCAAUAUGUUGAAUUGGAGAUCCAAAUUUGCAUCUAAGAAGUUAUUGAGUACAGUAGCUGGUGCAAUGCCUGAUGAUUCGGAAUUUGAAAGUGUGGAUGCACCACUUGAGCCCGAAACAUGGGAAGGGAGUUUCUUGUGUGGUCUGUUAAAGAACCUUCCACACAUUUUUCUAGCUGCAGCAGCAAAGCAACUUCAAGAAUUAUCUAACCAAAGAGAAGACACCUUGAACCGCUGGGAACACAGUAUUGGUUCUAAAGAGGACUGCCUUCACAGGAGGAUUGCUGAACUGAAGGAGCAAGAGUGUCAAACAGCUAUUGAGGACAUUAUGUACAUGCUGAUUGUUUAUAAGUUUUUCAAGAUUGAAGUUCCGAUGGUACCAAACUUGUCGAAGCUCAUCAGCAACCGAAGAUUGCAGUUAUGGCCACCGAGGGAGACAGAUCUUGAGUCCAUUCAUGGACCUGAGGUACUAGAACUAAUUAGGGAACACCUGACCAGCAUCAUCAGAUGGGUGCAUAGAAAUGGUCCCAAGAUCAAUCGUUCAACACUUCGCAUUAAAAGACUGCAAUUUGGUCGGAUAUAUUCGGCAUCAAUAAUGUAUGGAUACUUCCUGAAAUCUGUCAGCAUCAGGCAUCAUUUGGAGCUGACUCUCACUCGCUCAGAAGAACUUCCUCCUCCAAUUCAAUUUCUGAAUGCUCAAUUUACAAAUAAACAAGAGCAGGAAGAAGCUGUUGGAGGCUCUGGGGAGGUGUCAUCUUCUUCGAAACCAAGUUCAGUUGUCAACCCGCAUGACUUGAAGGGUUACAUGAUGGGAUUUGACCCUAAGACCUUGCAGCUUUGUGCAAAGAUACGCUCUUGUGAAGCUGCUAAUCUCAUCGAGAGGCACAGCUGGGCUCUUUUUGGAGAGAACAUGGAAGUCACCCAAGAGAAUGAUGAAGCUGUUAUACUCGACCCGUCUUCCCUAAAAAGAUUACUGCUUGAAGCCAUUGCAUUUGGUUCCUUCCUUUGGGAUGUCGAAGAUUAUGUGGAUGAGAUUUAUAAGUUGUCAGAUAACUGAAAAAAAUGUUGCAGAAAGCUCCUGCAGCUUUGUAGAUGAGGACACAGCGGCAGUUGCAUACAACUGGCUAUUCGGGACUGCAUUUAAGGCCACCCUCCUCCAUAACCUCCCUCAGUCCCUCCUCACAGGACAAGGGAGAGAGAAAGCCCAGCAGCCCUCCAAGAAAACAGCAAAGA